AAUGAAUUAAAAUUAAGAGGCUGACAAUCAACCAUAACAAUAAGACAACCAAAAUGCUGAGAAUUAAAAGCAAGUCGAGAAGAAAGUAGUUGUUCAACCUUUUGAAUAAGAGAAGCAAAAAAUCUAGUAUAAAUAUCUCGGACAGCCUCCUUUCGAAAUCAAUCCCGAAGAUGAAGUAACUAAUAAUUUCAUUCAAGGAUAUCAGUUGCAUUGAAGGCAGAAUCCCAAAUAUACAAGCUCUAGACAAAUGUGUGAAUCUGAAACGAUUAUGUUUAAGAACAAAUUUAAUUUCCAAAUUGGAAGGACUCCAAAAUUGCGUAUUGCUUGAAGAAUUAGAUUUAUACGAUAAUCGUUUGAUUAAGAUAGAGAAUAUUGAAUUGUUGGUCAAUCUAGAAAUCCUUGAUCUGUCAUUCAACAAUAUCAAAAAAAUAGAGAAUUUAGAAAACCAAAAGAAACUCAAGAAACUGUUUUUAUUAAGUAACAAAAUCAAAAAGGUAAUCAUAUACCAUUAUUCCAAGAUCUAAAAUUUAGAUUUUCCUGAACUUACAAUGUUGGAACUUGGAUCCAAUAAAAUAGCAGAAAUUGAAAAUCUUGAUAGAUUACCUAACUUAAGAGAAUUGUUUUUAGGCAAAAAUAAAAUCUAGAUUAUCAAAAAUCUUGAGCCUUUAGCUAAUACAUUAGAAUUAUUAUCCUUAUCUUGCAAUAAAAUUUAAAUAAUACAACCUGAAAUUCAAUGUCUAUAAAACUUGAAUUACCUUUAAAUAGCUGAAAAUUUCAUAACAACUAUUGAAAAUUUGAAUACCUUAAAAUAAUUGGAAUUGUUGGAUCUAGCUCAUAAUAAGAUUACUAAAGUUUAAGGAAUAGACUAAUUAUAAUAACUAUAAGAUUUAUGGGUAUUAUAUAUAAUAAUAAUAAUAGUUAAAUAAUAAUAAAAUUGAAUAUUUUAAAGACUUUGAAUAAUUAAAACUCAAUUAAAGUAUCAAAACUAUUUAUGUCGAAUAAAAUCCUGUGGCUUAAUUCCCUGAUUACAAAAUGCAAUUACUGUCCUUAAUACCUACCUUAAUUCAAAUAGAUGCUGUGAGAAUUAAAUGAGUGUGAGUAUAUUCAGU